AGCUUGGGCGCGCGCGCCGCCGGGAGCCGCGUGGAGGGGCUGCGUGAGCGCGCUGGCGCGUGCGCGUGAGGCUCGGAACGCCGCGGGCGGUGUGUGGAGGGGUUGUAGCGGCUGCCCCUGGUUGCGAGUGGCGCGCGUCGUCUCCUGUUCCCUGUUGGCGGCGUGACCACCCUCCCCCCUCGUUCGGGAUCCGUUUCCUCUCUCCGGAACCCGGGCAGCGCGACCACUCCAGAUUUAUUUUUGCCAUCAUGGAUCGGUUCGGAGAUAUAUCAGAAGGUGAAGUGGACCAUUCUUUCUUUGACAGUGAUAUUGAAGAGGCAAAGAAAUGUGAAAGUAACUCAGUGUUUGACAAGCAAGAUUAUGACCCUAAAGAGGGAGUAGAGAAACAUAUAGAAAAUGUGAACAUGGAAUUUGAAGGACAAGCAAAGGAAAAUCUUCUUACUGAAAAGAGAAAUGAAAGGAAAGAGAAAAUUCCUUCAGAAGAGCACCCUGUAGAGAAUGAUAUUACACAAAAUAGAAGUUCUUUAUCUUUGACCACGUCUUUAAAAUCAAAAAAAUUGUGUGGUGCUACAACAGGACAUAACAUGCACUUGCCCAUUUCAAGUAGAAUCCCUCAAAUUGUAAAAGGUGAAGAUGAUUACUAUACAGAUGGAGAGGAAAGCAGUGAUGAUGGGAAAAGACAUCAUGUCAGGUCCAAGUCAGCUAAACCAUCUAAUAACUUAAAAAAGAGCAUGAAUAAAAAAUAUUCCAAAAUUGGUUCCUCUUCCUCCUCUUCUUUGUCUUCCUCGUCUUUAAGUUCAGAUACAGAUUGUUCAGAUAGAGGGACUGAUAUUUGUAUAUCUGAAUCAUCUCCAUCAUUGAAGAAACAUGUAUCUGGUAUAAACCUCUUAUCACCAAAACAGAAAUAUAAACCAGGAAUAAAAUCAACAGGAAAACAACCUUUAAGUACUAAACCAAAAGUUCGUGACUGCACUGAGGAAUCGGAAGAUACUGUAACUGAUGUAACUCCUCUCUCAACCCCGGACAUCAGCCCUAUUCAGUCUUUUGAACUGGCCGUGUCAAAUGAUCAAAAAGUAAAAGUUAAAAGACAGGAAAACUUGAGUCAAGAAGUAUAUGGAAAUGUUGAGGAUUUAAAUCAUAAUUCAAAACAUUUGAAAGCAGCCAAGAAAGGGAAGGAAAAAUGUGGGCCCAGUCCCACCUCCAAGUCUUCGUUUUUGGAUUCCAAUUCAGACCACAAAGAUAAACAGAAAGUCUUACAUGACACAAUGGACCUCAAUCAUCUUUUGAAAGCUUUUCUGCAAUUAGAUAAAAAAGGACCACAAAAACAACCCUUGGAUCAGCCUUCAGUAGUACCUAGGAAAAACUACUCUUUCACAAGAGAAGAGGUGAGACGGAUUGAUCAGGAAAAUCAGAGGCUUUUGAAAGAACUAUCCAGACAGGCUGAAAAACCAGCAAGCAAAGGUACAAUUCCUAGAAGAUCUAUUGGACAUCCUCCUAAGUUAUAUCAUAGUGCUCUCAACAGACAGAGAGAACAACAAAGGAUUGAAAGAGAAAACUUGGCUUUAUUGAAAAGGCUUGAAGCUGUGAAACCAACAGUUGGUAUGAAACGCUCAGAACAGCUGACGGACUAUCAUCGCAACAUGGGUUAUCUCAACUCAUCACCAUCCUCAAGACGAGUGAGAUCUACUCUUGGCCAAUAUAGCCCACUAAGAGGAGCUUCCAGGACAUCCAGUGCUACCAGUGGUCUCAGUUGUAAGAGUGAACGAUUGGUUUUUGACAAAUCGAGUGGCGUGUUGCUAAGACCUAAGCCCCCUAAUGUUCGUACAGCUUGGUUAUAAAACCAUUUUUUACUCUAAAUGUUGUUCAUCCAAUUUUUAUUGAUGUGCUUGUGUAUAUUACCAUAAUUCUCUGUGUAAACAUCUGUAAUAUUGUUCUAAGCAAUUUAAGGUGUACAGCAGUGAGUUGUAAUUGUAAUUCAGUGCAAAAUUGUUUUCAAAAAGACAAUUUAAUGUAAAAUCAGUGUUUCCUAUAAGGAUGUAUUUAUGUGAGAUGUAUAUGUAUUUAAUAGAGAAAUGGUAGUAUGCAUGUAUAUCUUCUCAACAUAGAAAUCGAUUCGGCUGUCAUGCUGACAAAAAACUGGUGUUAGUAUCACUGCAUGUCCUACCCAAACUGCAUAGACCUCAUUUUAUGUUUUUCAUUUCUUGAAAGCUUUAAGCCAUGAGCUUAGAUCCUAAAUUUGACUGUUUUCUGUUUGCUUCAGAACUUAUGCAAUGUGGUUCAUAACUUGAUUGUAUGAUAGUUACACGUUCUUAUGAAACAAGAUCUUGAAGUUUGUUUUUGUUGGUAGGGCUACUUUAGAUUUGAUCAGCUAAUUGAGAGAAGCUUCUCCUGGGGCCUUAUGAUUCACCAGAUGGAUUUACUACUUCCAUAUAAGUGCCCUGAGUUACAUCUUAAAAAGUUUAUCAACCAUUCCACUCUUUCAUGCUGUGAAUAUUAAAAAGUUCAACUCAGAACCUCCUCUUUCAUGUUUUUAUACAUUCAGGUGAAGUACUAUUAAUGAUUUUGAGAAAUGAGGUAGGUUUUAGAGCUCCAGUCUACUGCACUGUGAGUAUUUUGUCCAGGAACCAGGUCACUUGCAUCACAAGCAAAAAGAAGUAUUCACUGAAUCAGGAAAAUAGCGCCACCAUUUUGAAGAGCCAAGAAAUAGAUGCUGAAGUGUGUCAGAACAGUGCUUUAAGUGAUACUGUUAGCAUGUUGUGUUUUGAUUUAGUGUUUAUUGUAAUAAGAGAGUAGAUAUAGAAUAAGAAAGAAAUGUAUUGUCUAAUAGUUUUAGAAAUUCCAGCUAGUAUUUGUAAGGUCUGAAAAAAGAAACCUAAAAUAGGAAUGGUAAAGGAAAAAAUCAUAUUUUUGUUGAGGCUUCUACUUUAAGUAUCAGCUAAUUUGGUUUAGUUUGUUUUAUCUGUUUUUUUUUUUUGGUUGAAUCCCAGGAAUAUAAUUUUUGCAAGUCCUGCAUUUAAAGAACUAGUAAUCUAGUUGACUUUUGUAAUUUGAAUAUUUUUCUAUCUACAGGCUUUUUUUCAUACAACAAAAUAUAAUAUCUUGGUCGUGGUUGCUUCUGCUAGCCUAGUUAUCACUGUGUUUUGCUAUGGGCCUCUUCAACAACCCUUAAAAUAUGUUGCAAAGUUUCCAUGUUAGAUGCCAAAUCUUUCUCUUUUCUUAAUGUGAAUUUUUCAUUAACUCAUGCUCUGUGUGAAAUAUUGUAGCAUGUAUGGUGAACUUACUUUUCUUAACAUCUUGGCAGUAAGCCAAACUGAUUUUCCUAAACAUCAAUUCAAAAUUUCUUGGUCUUAGUUGUGUUCAUAGAUUUUGUUUAGAAUAGGGUAUGUGAAGAGUGGGAACAAUGGGGUCAAAAAACUCGUGUGAACACAACCUUCUUUCUUUGGACUAAAAUGUUCAUUAGAUGUUAUUUGAUGCUCUGCUCUAGUGAACAAGUUUUUACAUCAUUUAGUGUUCUGCUUUGUAUAUAAGCUAUAGCUAUCCUAAACCCAAGGUUUUUUAUUUUUAUUAUUAAUUUAUUGCACUUUUAACAUUCAUAUAGCAACUUACCUUUGAGAAAGUGAUAAGGUAAUGCUGAAUUUAAAACUCAGCAUUUGGACAACUGCCCAAUGGUGAGAUAGUCAAUUUUUUUUAAAUUGACUUUUAAGUUGUUAAGGAAAUUAUAUAUAUAUAUUCAUAAUGGCAUUAGUCUCUGAGAAUCUUUGUAUGAUGUUUGCAGCCAUAUGUCAGGAGAGAGCAUAUACAGUUUCAUGGAUAAAACUGUACUUUGAUUUUAGAUAGAAAUUUAAUGCCUUUACUUUUUAAAACAUUGAAAAGGGAAGUUCAUCUAAGUAUUACUGAUAUCAGGGAUUAAACUUGAAGUAAAAGUUGUAAGAGCAACAUUAUUCAUCUUUUUCAAACAAUGUAUACUUCUGUUGUCAUGGGUACUUAAUAUGAUGAACAUAUAUAGAAGGAUAGGAAUUGGAAAAUGUGAUAUUCUCUGAUGUCAGUCAAGGUAUUCUGAAGUUGUUAUGGUUUAAGGGGGCAGUUUUAUGAAGGAACCAUAAGUAUAUUGCUCUUCAUUUUUAAGAAUAUGAAACAGUGAAGGAUCAUCUAGCACUACCAUUAUAUGUGGUUCAUUUGUAUUGUUUGUACUUCAAAGAUUUAAAUUUGUAACUAGAAAUUGUCCUCAUCUGUGGUCAUUAGGCCAUAUUGUAAUUGAGAGUUACUUUCAUCUCUGUUAAAUGUUAAACUAAUGUUGCCUCCUCUGAUAAAUUUCUAUGAAAGAUUUUGAACUAUUAAAAUUAUUUCCUGAGGGAUAGCUAACAACUCAUACUUCCCCUGCUUUCCUUUUUCAAGCUUCAAAAAAGCUUUCUUGGAUACUACUCAAAAUAAAGUUUUCUGGUUUGCUUAUAAA